AAUUCAUCGAGACAGACACUUCAGAUGCACGAAAAGCAUUUCAGUUUUUCUAAUUGACUGCUGGACACUAGUGACUUUUUCAACCUUUUUUUUUUUUGUAAAAUUUGAGCACAACGUAUUGGACUGGUUGGUUUGAAACAGGAAAAUGCUGAACAUUUUUCUCAUUUUCACCGUGUACCUAAUUUCAGGUCAAGUAGGCUGUGAUGAGGUUGUUCAAGUCAUAGGAUAUGAAGGAGGAAGUGUCAUUAUCAGUUGUAAAUAUAAAUCUCAAGAACACAGCAAUCACACAAAAUACUUUUGUAAGAACAACAAAGAAAAAUGUCAAAACAUCAUUUCUCAGACAGAGACAAAAUGGGAUCUUAAAGGAAAAUUCUUUGCUAUGGAUGAAAUUCAAGCUGGAGUUUAUAGUGUGCUCAUUCGAAAUUUAAGCCAGGAGGAUGGAGGAAGUUACACAUGUAGAGUAGAAAAUCAAGAAGAAUCACUGUUAAACAUGGAGCUGGAUGUGAAAAAUGGUCUGAAUUAUGGAAAGUCAUUUUCACUGAAUACUCAUCCUGGAGACAUUGUUACCUUCAGCUGUACAUGUCCCCAAGGGCAUGAAAAUGACCUGAAGAUUGUGUACAGAGUGACCAAUCAGAGCAUAGAUUCCAUUAUAUACACUUAUACAGAACAUGAAGAGAAAGACAGGUACGAGCUUCACGUCUCCUCAAAGGAUACAAAGGAUAGACUCAUCAAUAUGAGCAUCAGCAAUGUGAUGGUGGAUGAUGGAGGACUUUAUCUGUCUGGAGUUUCAAAGGAUAUGCUGUCUUAUAAGCAAAUCUUCUGUGAAAUGCAACUUCAUGUCACUGAAGAUCUGACCAUAAACAUACCACCUCCAGGUUCUUCAGUCAUCUCCAUCACUCUGUACAUCGGUGUAGCACUGCUGCUGAUCGCAGGACUUGUGUUCUUCUACAAAAUGUGGUCCAUAAAGACAAAAGGUGCCUCCUCACCAGCCAGCAGAGGAAACCCAGUAAACAGAGAGAAACCCCAGACUCCCAUGGCUCCAAAUCCAGCUGGUAGAACUGGUACUUCAUCUCCAAACACUGCUGAUCAAGAAUUUUACUCCAUGGUCCAAUUUUCCAAAAAGUAAUAUGUGAAAUGUAAUAAUUAUAAUUACUAAUAAGCAUCAGAUAUAGUGUUAUAUAAAUUAUAUAUAUAUAUAUAUACAAUGAUCAGGCAUAACAUUCUGAGCAGUGACAGGUGAAGUGGAGUGAAUUAUGACCACCUGUCAAAUAUUGUACUGAUCCCUCUUUUGCUGCCAAAUCAGCCCUGACCCAUCGAGGCAUGGACUCCACUAGAUCCCUGAAGGUGUGCUGUGGGAUCUGGCACCAAGAUGUUAGCAGCAGAUCUUUUAAGUCCUGUAAAGGCCUGGUCACAGUACAAGACUUUAACCGUGGGCAGAUCGCUUUGCUCUUCAGACUACAUGACUUCACUAUAUGUCUUUUUGUCCUUGUGGUGUUCACACUACGCGACGCUUCGUAAAUGAUCCACAAGAAAGGGGUCGCACACCACACCAUCUGACAACAAGUCUUGUCACUCAACGCCAUCCCCGAACCACGUCUUGGCAUAGUGCAUUAUCCUGCUGAAAGAGGCCACAGCCAUCAGGGAAUACUGUUUCCAUGAAACGGUGUACAUGGUCUACAACAAUGCUUAGGUAGGUGGUACGUAUCAAAGUAACAUCUAAAUGGAUGGCAGGACCCAAGGUUUCCCAGCAGAACAUUGCCCAAGGCAUGACACUGCCUCUGCCGGCUUGCCUUCUUCCCAUAGUGCAUCCUGGUGCCAUGUCUUCCCCAGGUAUGCGAUACCCACGCACCCGGCCAUCCACAUGAUGUAAAAGAAAACGUGAUUCAUCAGACCAGGCCACCUUCUUCCAUUGCUCUGUGGUCCAGUUCUGAUGCUCACAUGCCCAUUGUUAGUGCUUUCGGCUUGUUGGGGCACAGGGGUCAGCACGGGCACCCUGACUGGUCUGCAGCUAUGCAGCCCCAUAUGCAACAAACUGUGAUGCACUGUGUAUUCUGACCCCUUUCUAUAAGAACCAGCAUUAACCUCUUCAGCAAUUUGAGCAACAGUAGCUUGUCUAUUGGAUCGGAUCACACGGACCAGCCUUCUCUCACCACGUGCAUCAAUGAGCCUCGGCCGCCCAUGACCAUGUUGCCAGGUCACCACUGUUCCUUCCUUGGACCACUUUUGAUAGAUACUGACCACUGCAGACCGGGAACACCCCACAAGAGCUGCAGUUUUGGAGAUGCUCUGAUCCAGUAGUCUAGCCAUCACACUCACUCAAAUCCUUACGCUUGUCCAUUUUUCCUGCUUCUAACAUCAACUUUGAGGACAAAAUGUUGACUUGCUGCCUAAUAUAUCCCACCCACUAACAGGGGCCAUGAUGAGGAGAUCAUCAGUCUUAUUCACUUCACCUCACAAUGGUCAUAAUGUUAUGGCUGAUCAGUGUAUAUAGCAGGUGGGUGCAGGAAAAAAAGUAUAUCAGUAUUUUGCAAACCCCUCUUUACCCUUAUGCCAUUUAUUUACCCAGUACCCCCUCUGAUUUACCCCCACCCUGAUUUGCCCACUAACCCCUCUGAUUUACCCAUUAACCCCUCUGAUUUACCCACUAACCCCUCUGAUUUACCCACUAACCCCUCUGAUUUACCGACUAACCCCUCUGAUUUGCCCACUAACCCCUCUGAUUUACCCACUAACCCCUCUGAUUUACCCACUAACCCCUCUGAUUUACCCAUUAACCCCUCUGAUUUACCCACUAACCCCUCUGAUUUACCCAUUAACCCCUCUGAUUUACCCACUAACCCCUCUGAUUUACCCACUAACCCCUCUGAUUUACCCACUAACCCCUCUGAUUUGCCCACUAACCCUUAGUUUUUCCAAUGAUUUACUUACAAAAUUUCUGAUUUAACCAAAAAUCCCUCUGGUUCCCCAACAUGUGCUUUAUCCACAAACCAAAAAAAAUCACAUGAAUCAUAUGAUUAUUUAUAAUAUUAAACAAUAUUGUGAUAUUUUCUAUCUCUUAUAGAAUGUGUAGAGGAAGUGGGUACAAUGGUACAAGUUUGUUCUGCUUUCUGUAACAUUAAUGUUUAGUAUUUUUAUACUGUCAGCACAUCUGAUUAAAAUAAAUGAUAAAUGCUGCAUGUAUGAGGUAUGUGAUAUUAAAUUGAAUUAACACAUCAAACACCUUUUGUUUUGUUUUGUAAAAGUUUUUUAGUCAGGGUCUUUGCACCCGGUGUAACCUAUUUAAAUGCAGGCCUUGUGCUUUUUCACUUUGACUGUUUCUCACAUGACUUCCUACACUGUGUAUAAAAUGCAGAAGUAAGAAUGUUAG